AUGUAUCGCUCCAAGGAGAGAAAUGAAGCGUUGCACAUGGGUUAUCUCUACAUAGGCGAGUACAACAACAACAAAACCUACCUUCUAGUGAUGAAAGACGACUUUUCUCACAUCUGUGAGCUGAUUGAGUGCAAGAACACGGAUGCUGCGAUUGCGGCUAAGGCCAUUCUUGAUUGGAGCAGCCGUUAG